UACAUUUCUGUUUUCUUCAGCACUGUUGUAUCUGAGCACCUUCCAGAAUUAGGAAAUUAAACAAGAAGCCUGUCUUAUCAAAAGGCCGGGCCCUUUUAUUGCUUGCUCGGCGGAGAUGGAGAUGCAGCAGCAGCAGGUCCUUUCAAGGCAGGGUUUGGUUUUCUGCCUCCUGAAGGCUUUGACCUGGCGACUUCUCUCGGAUGCGCCUCCGCUCGCUGGCCACCAGGGGUCCCAGACACGCGCUGCUUCCCAGCCGCUCUUUGUCCUGCUGCUUCCCCCGCGAGCCCGCCUCCCCAUCCCGUUCGGAGCUCGCGGCUGUCGCUGCCGACUUGUACAAGUGGCCGCCAGUCAGGAAGCAGAGCCACGCCCCCGACUCCCUCCCCUGCCUCGCCGGCCGGGCUGCUCCAGCCCCCGCUGCUGUUCCACCUCGCUCGCUUAGCAGGUCAAUGAAUUGCCAGAGGCUUGAGGCUGAGGAGCUGGAGAAGCCUGGCUCUGGAGCCAUCCUCGAAUCCCUGCCUAGCAAACAUGCGCGUCUGCACUGUCUCUGAUUCCCCAGCCAGGAACGUAGCUGCUUGAGAAGUUGGAAAAACGAGGAGGACUAACAGGGGCGUGUAAAGCAAUCCGGAGCUACAAAAGGAGGGACCCCACACAGGCUAAGUCUAGUCCAUGGUACCUAAGCCUAUUCUAUGUUGAGGAGGAUCAAGAGCAGCCACUUUGACUCGUUUCUCAGACCUGUGUGGAAGGACUGGAGGAGAUAUGUCCUCAAAGACUCCUGAGGGGCCUGCCAUCCACCCAAGAAGAUGGAAAUCCUGUAUGAAUGUGAAAACCAUUAGCAAAGUAAUUGCUGUCUAUUACCAUGACAACCAGCCGCUGCAGUCACCUGCCUGAAGUCUUACCAGACUGCACCAGCUCAGCUGCUCCCCUAGUAAAGACGGUGGAGGAUUGUAGCAGUCUUGUGAAUGGACAGCCGCAGUAUGUCAUGCAAGUUUCAGCCAAGGACGGGCAGCUUCUGUCAACAGUAGUAAGGACUCUUGCCACACAGAGCCCUUUCAAUGACAGGCCAAUGUGCAGGAUCUGCCACGAAGGCAGCAGUCAGGAAGACCUGCUCUCUCCAUGUGAAUGUACAGGAACCCUGGGGACUAUUCAUCGCAGCUGCCUGGAGCAUUGGCUGUCCUCUUCGAAUACCAGUUACUGUGAACUCUGCCACUUCAGGUUUGCAGUAGAGCGCAAACCCAGGCCGUUAGUAGAGUGGCUAAGAAACCCAGGCCCGCAGCAUGAGAAACGGACUCUGUUUGGCGACAUGGUGUGCUUCUUGUUUAUAACUCCACUGGCGACCAUCUCUGGCUGGUUGUGUCUGCGGGGAGCGGUGGACCAUCUGCACUUUAGUAGUAGGCUAGAAGCUGUUGGCCUCAUUGCACUCACUGUCGCACUCUUCACUAUUUACCUCUUUUGGACGCUAGUGUCAUUUAGGUACCACUGUAGAUUAUACAACGAAUGGCGUCGGACCAAUCAGAGGGUGAUACUCCUAAUUCCAAAAUCCAUCAGUGUUCCUUCUAACCAGCAGUCAUUGCUGGGCCUUCAUUCAGUCAAAAGAAACUCAAAGGAGACAAUCGUUUGAUUUUGGCAGUUCUGUACUGGAGUCAUGCACUAAAUAUACUUUCUUAAACCCAUGGGCUCUGAUUCCAUCCAGAACCUGGUACAGUGCUAUUCUGGUUUACAAACUCUUUACAGAGGAAGAAAUCACUGUUUUAAUUAAAAUCAUGGAUGCUGCAAUCAUAUGAUAUUUGCUAAGCUGCCAAACAUGUUUAUUUAGCAGAUACUGUAUGGAAUUCUACAAACUCAUAUUAAUACCUGCCUUGUCAGUGAUGCAAAUCCUUUUUUUAUUAUUGUUUAAAAAUAUUAAAACUAUGGUAAUUAACAAUGCAAAAAAAA